AUGAAUCUUGAGAAGCGAAGGAGCUCAUGCGGAGUUGGUCCCAUUGCAUUCAUAGCUACUGCUCAGUCCCUCACUAAUAUACCACAGGCCUUGAGCUCUUCUGGAAGGUUUGACUUUCAUGUGCAACUGCCAGCUCCUGCUGCUGCAGAACGUGGCGCUCUACUGAAACAUGAAAUCCAGAAGCGUUCCUUGCAAUGCUCUGAUGAUAUCUUGUUAGAUAUUGCUUCCAAGUGUGAUGGAUAUGAUGCAUAUGAUCUGGAAAUAUUGGUUGAUAGGUCUGUUCAUGCUGCCAUCGGUCGCUUUUUAUCGGGCGAUUUGGCUUCCGGAGAACAUGAGAGGCCUACUUUAGUAAUGGAUGAUUUUUUGCAAGCAAUGCAAGAGUUCCUUCCAGUUGCCAUGCGUGACAUCACUAAACCACCUGAAGGUGGACGCAGUGGUUGGGAAGACAUUGGUGGUCUUAGUGACAUCCGGAAUGCUAUCAAAGAGAUGAUUGAGCUGCCUUCAAAGUUUCCAAAUAUCUUUGCACAAGCUCCUUUAAGAAUGCGGUCGAAUGUUCUUUUAUAUGGCCCUCCUGGUUGUGGAAAAACACAUAUUGUUGGUGCUGCUGCUGCUGCCUGCUCACUGCGGUUUAUUUCGGUGAAAGGCCCUGAGCUGCUGAACAAAUAUAUUGGUGCUUCUGAGCAAGCUGUGAGGGACAUAUUCUCCAAAGCAGCCGCUGCGGCACCAUGCCUUCUAUUUUUCGAUGAAUUUGAUUCCAUUGCACCGAAAAGGGGGCACGACAAUACUGGAGUGACAGAUCGAGUUGUUAAUCAAUUUUUGACUGAACUAGAUGGUGUGGAAGUCUUGACUGGUGUAUUUGUUUUUGCUGCCACCAGUAGACCCGAUUUACUUGAUGCUGCACUGUUGCGACCUGGCAGGCUAGAUCGCCUUCUUUUUUGUGAUUUCCCUCCACGGCAUGAGAGGUUGGAUAUUCUUACAAUACUUUCGAGAAAGUUACCAUUGGCCAGUGAUGUAGACCUGGAUGCCAUAGCUAGAAUGACCGAAGGAUUUAGUGGAGCUGACCUUCAAGCUCUUCUAUCAGAUGCACAGCUUGCUGCAGUUCAUGACAUUCUGAGCUGUGAAGAUGGCAGCAAGCCUGGGAAAAUGCCCGUCAUCACGGAUAGUCUCCUGAAAUCUAUUGCUUCUAAAGCAAGACCAUCAGUUUCGGAUGCUGAGAAGCAGCGAUUAUACAACAUUUACAGCCAGUUCUUUGAAUCAAAGAGAUCCGUUUCUGCACAGUCAAGAGAUGCAAAAGGCAAAAGGGUAACUCUAGCAUAAGGAUUAACCUGAUUUUGCAGUGUUGGAAGAGAUGCAAAACACGAACGUGCAAACUUAGCAUUACUACGAACCAACCAAGCUGACACUGCAGCGGAGUAAAUUAUUGGGAAUUCCAUUUUUUGUUCUUCCCUCUUUUCAAUAUCAUUGUAAUGAGUUUUCAUUUAUUUCUUAGCUUAGCAUGGAUCAUACAACGUAGCACUUGUACUUAUUAUAAGGAAUGGUAUAUGGCAGAUUCAUGUCUACCAGUUUAAGACUCUGUCUGUCUCUUUUUCUUUCUCUCUUUGAUUGGGCUCCAUUUAUAAUUAAAAGAGCUUUAAAAAUUCCAUUUUUUGCUUUUAAGAC